UUGCCGGCGCUGGAACCAACGGGGCCGUGAUCGAGGUCACCGUGUCGGAGACGCAGGGCUAUUCGGAGAACGCCAGGAAAUGGAAGGCGAGCCGGCUGCGCCGCAUUAGGAAUCCCAAGUUCCACCCCUUCAUCGCCCCGAAGCCAGGUGCCUUGUGA